UCACCACAUUUGAUUUGGAUAAAAAUUUAAUUACUUCAUCUGAGUGAUCAAAUAAUUUGUGUGGUGUUUAGCAAAUUAAAUUGAAAAUAAUGCUGCUGUGGCGGACAAUCUCUAUAGUACUUCUCUGCACCAUAACAACAGCCUGGGCUAAAAGGCUGGUCACGGCCAGUCCGAAAGUACUGGCACAACAGAAGAAUGAGCGUGUAGUUGGUGGCACAAAUGCUGAUCCCGGAUUCGCUCCAUAUCAAAUAUCUUUGCAAAGCAUGUUUGGCUCGCAUAUGUGCGGUGGUUCUGUGAUCGAUAGCCAAUGGAUACUGACCGCGGCACAUUGCGUUUACGGUUUCAAUCCGCCUUACUUGCGCGUAAUCACCGGCACAGUAGAGUGGCAACAACCUGGCCAAAUUUACUACCCCGAUGAGUAUUAUACACAUUGCAACUACAACAAUCCGGCCUAUCACAAUGACAUUGCACUCGUACAUGUUAACGAAAGCAUUGUUUUCGAUCAAUAUACGCAGCCCAUUCCGCUUGCCUCGAAAGCCUUGAAGGACAACGACGAGGUUAUUCUAACCGGUUGGGGCACGACUUCGUAUGGUGGCUCACUGCCGGAAAUAUUACAAAAAAUCACACUACGUUACAUGAGUCACAAACGCUGCUCGGAGGUAUAUGAAGGUGACGAAAUACUUGAUGUGUGUCACAUUUGCACAUUCACGCAAGAAGGAGAAGGGGCUUGUAAUGGUGACUCUGGUGGUCCUGUGGUUAGCGGUGGCGAACUCGUCGGGCUCGUUAACUGGGGAAUGCCCUGUGCGAUUGGUUACCCAGAUGCGCAUGCAAGUGUUUUUUGCUAUCGAGACUGGAUACGACGCGUUAUGUCGGGCGAGUGUAAGAAAUGCCACUGUGAAGAGAGUAAUUAUCCAUUUUAGCUAGCGACGAGGAUAUAGAAGCGCUAAGCCGAGAGUUGUGAAUUUA